CAAGUAUCUCUGUGAUGCUGUCUACCCCCUCUCUCUUUUCCUAUCUCAUUCUCCUCUCUCUGCUCUUGAAGUAAGUCACAACAUGGCUGAAGCUUUUGUUGGCACAUGGAACCUCAAGGAAAGCAAGAAUUUUGAUGAUUACAUGAAAGCCCUUGGGGUGGGCUUUGCCACCCGGCAGGUUGGUGGCAUGACCAAGCCCACCACCAUCAUCACCAUGGAGGGUGAAAUUAUUACACUGAAGACUGUCAGCACCUUCAAGACCACAGAGGUCAACUUUAAACUGGGAGACGAAUUUGAUGAAACCACUGCAGAUGACCGUAAAGUCAAGUCCUUGGUGACAAUAGAUGGUGGCAAGCUGGUCCAUGUUCAGAAAUGGGAUGGCAAGGAGACGACUUUAGUAAGGGAAGUCAGUGGAAACACACUCACACUGACAUUGACACUGGGCGAUGUUGUGUGCACGCGCUCUUAUGUGAAAGCAGAGUAGAAGAAGACCUACGUCCCUUCCUAACUACACUACUGAACAGGCUUUUUGUGUUCAGCUGAAAAUAUGUCUGAUACCUGCAUACUUGCUCUGUAUACCUGCCCAUUUAUUUUUAAUAAAUAAGUUACAAUGAUUUUUA